GCCGAGUCCCGCCCAGAGCCCCGCCCCCGGCUCCACGUUUUGCGAGCGACUUCCGCCGGGCUGCUCGGCUGGCGCCUCGGCCAUGAGCGAGUUGCCGGCCGAUGUGCGGGCCUUCCUGCGCGAGCACCCGAGCCUGCGGCUCCAGCCGGACGCCCGCAAGGUGAGGUGCAUUCUGACGGGUCACGAGCUGCCCUGCCGCCUGCCGGAGCUCCAGGUCUACACCCGCGGCAAAAAGUACCAGCGGCUGGUCCGCGCCUUCCCGGCCUUCGACUAUGCAGAGUUCGAGCCGCACAUCGUGCCCAGUACCAAGAACUCGCACCAGUUGUUCUGCAAACUCACCCUGCGGCACAUCAACAAGUGCCCAGAACACGUGCUGAGGCACACCCAGGGCCGGAGGUACCAGCGAGCUCUGUGUAAAUAUGAAGAAUGUCAGAAGCAAGGGGUGGAGUACGUGCCUGCCUGCCUGGUGCACCGGAGGAGGAGGAGGGAGGACCAGAUGGAUGGUGACGGGCCUCGCCCGCGGGAAGCCUUCUGGGAGCCCACGUCCAGUGAUGAGGGGGGAGCUGCAAGUGAUGACAGCAUGACAGACCUGUACCCACCUGAGCUAUUCACCAGAAAGGACCUUGGAAGCACGGAGGACGGGGAUGGCACUGAUGACUUUUUGACAGAAGAAGACGAUGAGAAGGCAAAGCCCCCAAGAGAGAAGGCCACUGAUGAGGGCAGGAGAGAGACGGCCGUGUACCGAGGGCUGGUCCAGAAGCGCGGGAAGAAGCAGUUGGGCUCGUUGAAAAAGAAGUUCAAGAGUCAUCACCGUAAACCCAAGAGCUUCAGCUCCUGUAAACAGCCAGGUUAAUAAAAGAACAUGCCGUGAA